UGAAAGCGUUGGAAGUGAUCACAGUUCUCCUAAUCUCUGUCCAUUACGUCAGUGGCGAGUCCUGUACAGGUGACUUGAUAUGGCAGGAUAAGGCCAGUAUCUGCAUCGCUACCUGCACGGCUCACUUUUACCCUGACAAGGAACUCUGUCCGACCAGGACCAUUGGUCGCUGUGUGUGCCCUGCAGAUAAAAUCAAACUGGAGGACACCAGCGAUGUCUGUGUGGAUCCUCUGUCGAAAGAGUGUCGGCAGGCCACAAAAAAGUACAUGGAUGAGCCCUCCGCCCAGUUCAAGUUCACCAAGGAACCGGAGGAUCUGACGGUGAUAGCCGGGGACUCAGUAACGAUCAGCUGCCUAGUCUCCAACAAGUACACUAUCCAGUACAUCUGGUACAAGCUGGAUGAGCUGCCUCAAGGAGACGGCACGGCCGAGAAGAACCUCUACAUGACAGGAACUAGCGAGCUGGUUUUCAAGGAGAUCACCCCGGAGGAGGCAGGCUUCUAUCAGUGCAAAGCGGUCGCUUCCUCUGACUUUCUUAUGAUCAGUGGAGUAGGAGAGAUCAGAGUGAAACACUUUACAACUAAGGAUACCAUCGUUACUGAUGAUAGAGUUACACUAAGUAACCCCUUAUUUGAGAUUAAAUGUGCGGAGAUCUACGCUGAUCCAACUCCGGAGAUAAAGUGGUACUUUGGAGACAAAGUGGUUGAAUUCGAGAACGCCGACUAUUUCAUGAACAGGAACGAGAAAUCUCCAGACUUCGGUUCUCUGUACAUCCAGAACGUCCAGGCUGAUCACGCUGGCAAGUACACCUGUAAGGGAGCCUCCUCAGAACUUGACAAAACAGUGACCCUGGCGGAGAGGACUGUCAUCAUCACGGGAUCACAAAACACCGUCAGCGGAGCUCCUAAAGUCAAAGAAACUGCCAACUUCGGUGAAAAGAAAAAGAAGGGAGAAGAGGGAGUGAUGUACUGUGCAGGGUACGGGUUCCCUGCUCCUGACAUUAAGUGGUACAAAGUGGCAGCCAUAGGGGAGGAGCAGCCUGAGAUAUCAGGGUGUACCGAGUCAAAGUGUGUCGACCAAGGAGGCAGAAGGUUGAGGAUAUACAACCUGCAGGACAGUGACUUUGGGGACUACCAAUGUGUCGCUACCAACUCCUUCGACCACGUCACCAAGAUAAUAGCCAUGUCAAAAGAGCCCAGCUCCUACGCAGUUAACUUUGAGAGUAUCUCAGACCCCGUGAAAGUGUUACCCAACCGCUACACCAGCUUUACCCUGACAUGCGAAGUGAACACAUCCCAGAACCCAGAGACCUACAUGGGCUGGUACCAGAACACACAAGGUAUCGCAGACAAGGGAGAAAGGAUCAGGAUAUUCAGCUCCUCGGAGAACGGAAUCAGCGUCCAGAAGCUGGUGUUUGAUUUCCCUACUAACGAUGACCAUGGUGUGUACCAGUGUCUGGCUUAUAAUUCCAGAACUUUCAAACAAGCCACUACGGAUGUGUUUGUGUACACCAGUCAAGGGGUAGAGGACGAAGGUUACGAUAACGACAGUGCAUUUGCGACAGAUUCCUACGAUCCGAACACAGUGAAGGAUUACCAGUACUUUAGCGAUGCUAAGAACGCCGCUGAGGCGGACAGAACGUGUCAGGAGUGGCGAACUGACGCCCAUCUUGCCACCAUUCUGAACUACAAGGAGAAUGAUCUUGUGUUUGACAUUUUGAUGGCAAACAAGGACACAACGAACGAGACUAGAGCCUGGAUAGGCCUGACGGACGAGACAACAGAGGGAGUUUGGAGGUGGCUGUCUGGCGAGGUGUCUGACAAGUUCAGUUUUUGGUGGAAAAACGAGCCAGAUAACUCGGAGGCUGAACGAGAUUACGCCUUCAUGGACGCCGCCAAAUCAGGACACUGGAUUGGUGGGGAUUUUAACCUGCAGCUACCAUUUGUGUGCAAGCAUUACAACGCUUCGUGCGUAGACUUGGAGACCCAACAAGAACUGGAGAUCAAAUUUGAUAAGUACACCAAGCGUAGGCUGACCAGUAAGAUCUCAGUGUACGAUACUGCAAGUGUGAAGUGUGGAAGUGAGUAUAUUACAUUGGAGUGUGCCCCCAGUGGAAAGUGGGUCCUCGCCGAGGGCAGCACAUGUCCUGAGAUAAACGCUGUUAAAGACAAACAAGGCGAGGCUACCACCGGCGGUGGAGUUAGGUUAACGUAUCAAACUCUUACACUAUUUCUUAUCUUAUCUUAUCUAUUGACGUGAAGUAUAUCUGUGCUGUGAAUAUACUGCGCGCGCGUGCUGUUUUUAAUAUUGGUUUUUUAUCUUGAUUAAAUUUUGUAAUUGCACGAGGAUACUUAACUUGGACACCAAGCACUUGGGGACUCAGAUAAAAAUGUUCCGACUGAAUCAGAUAUAUCAUUCAAGUUUUAAGUUUCUUAUUUUAUGUCAGAUUCUUCAAGUUAAAAAUAAUUAUCAUUACAAAACUACUUAUUUUAUCUCAAGAUAAACAAGCCAUGGAGAUUAUUGUUAACUAGGAAGAUUUUGUUCACCACAUAUGUUGUCAUUGUUGGUGGUGUUUAGUUAUUUGAAAUAAUAAUACUGUUUUCGGGUAAUUGCUGUAAAAUUGACUGCUCAAAAAUCAUACUCCAAUUUACUGCUCAUACCAACUACAUGAAAAGUUUACAGCAAUAACCUUGUUAGAUGUCCGACGGAAGGUGAACUCAGUUCAAACCAGAGGCCAUAUUUAUUUUUUGUAUUGAAUUUGUAUAUAAUUUACCAAUAUAUUUGAUCAUUGCGAAUUUUCAAUUUCUUAACCAAGUUGAAAA